AUGGAUAAGCACUUGGUCCAGGGAACAGUGCCAAGGAUGAAAGGAUCUCUGUUCACCUCCAUGUUCCUCUCUCUCUUUCUGCUGACCUUGAUGAGCCUAAGCUUUGGCUGGGCAUGGACUGCUCCUGAUUGCAUCAUAGCAGACAGCUCCCUGUUGCCUAACAUCUUCUAUUACAUCCCAGUCUGUUCCUUGGCCCCAGGACUUCAUCUUUUUGCAUCAUGCUCCAAUGUGAAUGACCUGGCUGGGACCCUCACUGCAGUGCCUCAGAGUAUAGAGGGGUUAUGCCUCCAGGGCACCAUUUCCAUCCUUCCAGCUGAUGCCUUUCAACACUUCCCCAAACUUCAGCUUCUGAGGCUGCAGCUGGGCACCAUCAGGAUUUCACCUGGGGCAUUUCAAGGAUUGAACCAGCUGCAGCACCUUUCCUUUGAGCAUCCGGCUCCUUGUUGCGUGAGUCUAUUCCUCCCUCCAGAUGCCCUGGAGCCCCUUAGAUUCCUCAGUAGCCUUUCCUUCCAAGGCUACUGCCUGAAUAAUAGCCAGAGCAUCUGGUUGCCUAUCAGCCUUAGUCAUCUGACCCUAAGGCACAGCUGUCUCACAGAACUGCAGGAACUGCAAGGGCUUUUCCCAAGCCUUGUGUCUGGUUCCUCUCCUACAGCCAGCUCUAGCCCAUGGCCACCCUUCCUGGAGGUGCUGGAUCUGUCUGCCAACCUGCAGCUGAGUCGGGUGGGUGUCAAAGCCUUGCAUGGCCUCCAGAUCCAUUCCUUGAGACUAGAUGGCACCCCACUGAGUGAAUUAGAGCUCCUGGACUCAGGACUGCUCCAUCUUGAUUCCCUCUCCCUUGUAGCUACAGAUGCAAAAAUACUGCCUGGGAAUGUGACAGCCUAUUUUGAGCUUCGUGCACUCGACCUUGGGAGAAACCGAAUCCAAAACAUAGGGGAUGGGGAACUCCCAAACUGCCACUCCCUGGAACUCCUCAGCCUUCAUGCCAAUGGCCUGCAGUCACUUCCCACCAGAUUCCUGAGUGCCCUGUCUCAACUUCAGAGGCUCAACCUAUCAAUGAAUAAGUUGGGCCCAAAUUUGUUGCUCCCAGAGGGGCUGGUCAGCUCAAACCUGAGAGUGCUAGAUCUGUCCCACAAUGGGCUCAGUUCUCUGCCCUCUGGAGCCUUUUCCUCUCUUCCUCAACUCCAGGAGCUCUGGCUGAGUGGUAACAACAUCUCCAACAUAUCCAGUGAGAGCCUGGGAGGACUCAGGUGGCUAAAGACCCUAGACCUGAGUUGGAACCAAAUUAAGGCGCUGAUGCCAGGCUGGCUCUCCUAUCUUCCUGCUCUCACCUCACUGAACCUCCUGGGCACAAAUAUGGAGCAUCUCUCAGGCUCACAGCUCCAAGGUCCACAGAAACUGAGCCAUCUACAGCUUGGUUCUCCUGAGGUGCUGGAGAUUUACCCUCCAUGGCCUCUGACACUGCUCAGCUUGGAGGCACAGGCAAACACAUACAUCCAGUUUCGUAUUCCCAGUGGAGAACCCUUCUUGUUCUUAGAGAACCUUACCUUACAAACUACCUAUGUGCUCCUGCAUCCAGACAACACCACAGUCCAUUUCCCUUCCCUUCGUCACCUCACCCUGCAAGGCUGCAACUCCAACAUUUUCUCUAGCCGUCAACCCCAGAGAUUCUUUUCACAACUUCCUCUCCUAGAGCAUUUGCACUUCUGGUCUAAUCAUGAUUCUUCAGAAGUCCUGCAACUAUUUGGGAUGCCCAGGCUGAGAGUGCUAGAGCUGGGGGACCUGGACUGCUUCUAUCAUCAGUCAAGCCCAGUGAAGCUAGAGGUGCUAUUGAAGGAGCUGCCUCAGUUAGAGGUACUGGCGUUAAGUAACAUGAACCUUGGGAACCUCUCCAUCUCCAGCUUCAGGGGCUUGAGCCUCCUCCGGCUGCUAAUGCUGAACUCUGAAUGGGCCCUGGGGCUGGACAGCAGCCUCCAAGAGCUAAUCCCCCAGAUGCCUGAAUAUGUUUAUUUUUCAGAUAUCACCUUCACCUGCCAAUGUGAAAGCUCUUGGGUAGGACCUUGGGCAACACAUGCCCCAAAGUCCUUUGUGUAUGGACUGGAGAAAUCAAUCUGUAUGGCCAAUGCUUCUGACCACUCAAAAACUCUACUGCUCUCCUUCCUUUCUGGCCACUGCCCUCAUGAUCCUGAACUUCAGUGCUUUCUAACCAGCUUCACUCUUGUGCUUCUGCUGAUCAUAGUUGCACUGCUGGGCUGUCCUAAGUGGCCCUGGCUCCGCUACCUCUGGGCCCUGUUUCAUGCCUGGUGGUGGAAGUUGGGUGGCCGGCACCCCAGAAGCCAGUACCACUAUGAUGUCUUCAUAUCCUAUUGUGGGCAGGACCGAGCCUGGGUGCUGGAAGAACUGGUUCCUGCCCUGGAGAAGCCUCUUCCAACUGGAGAAGGCUUGAGGCUAUGCCUGCCUGAGAGGGACUUUGGAUUUGGGCAGGACAGGAUGGACACUAUUGCCACCAGCAUGGAGAGCAGCAGAUCUAUCAUCUGUGUGCUCAGCCACCAGGCCCUAGACAGUCCCUGGUGCAAUCUGGAGUUAAGACUCGCCACCUACCACUUGGUGGCCAGGCCUGUGACUGCUCGCCUCCUGCUGCUCUUCCUGGAACCUAUUGAUAGGCGACAGCUGCACAGCUACCACCGCCUUGCCCGGUGGCUCCAGAAGGAGGACUAUUUGGAUUUGCCCCAAGGGAGGGCUGAGUGGGAGGCCUUCUGGGAGCAACUUCGGAGAAGACUAAGAAAAGCUGGGCAAGAGAAAGAAGAUUAGGGGCCAUAAAAAAGAUAUUAAGCCAUGCAGGAAUAACUCCCAGUUGGUCCCUGGAUUGCCUUCCCAUAGAUGGAGGGCAAUCUCGCAAAAGGGAUCUAUAAGCAACGCAUAGUUCAAAUCCAGUUCUCCGCUAAAAAUAACUCAGAUGAAGAAAUCAAAUCCCAGUGGGAUAAGAUAUUUGAAAACACUUGAAGACAAAGCAUUCAUUCAUAAAACAAUUCUGACACCAGCUAAUCCUCUCACACACAAGGCAUCCUCUCAGAAAACAUAAAAUCACAGCUGCAUUUUCAUUUUGCCUCUGUUGAAAGAAAUGCAUUUGCUUGAGUUUAGUAAAUAAUCUACUUUAUUUCAGGGGAAAGGGGAAAGAAUCAAUGAACUAUUUGUCAGUGCCCUAAAGCUAAACUGAAACCAAGUUUGCAAUUCAUCAUAUAUCCGACAAAUUUGAAGAACUUCCCUAAGUCAUGAGGUUCUCACAGUAACACUAUUACAUAAGUGGAAAUGAUACUUUUGAUCUAUAAUAGCCAGUUCCUGAGUCAAAAUCCAGUACUCUGUGCUCUCUACUGUCUUCCAGUUACCUCUAACCAAUGACAACUUACCAUGCUACAAAAUUGAAACAGGCAAACAUACAAAUGUCAAACACGCACAUGCACAUGUGAUUCAUUUCUAAGAAUUUUCUCUAAAGGAAAAAAACCACAGACUCUCAGAAAAUUUAUAUAAAAUUAUGUUUUAAGUGCCCCCCAAAAAUAAUGGUUAAACUAGAAUACAUUCAUAAAAAUAAAAUAUCAUGCAGCCAUUAAGAAUCAUGUUUCAAGGGAUAUUUGGUGUCAUGGGAAAAGACUCAUGAUUUAAUAUUAAACAAAAAUAUUUACAAACUAUAUGUAUUAUGAUUCCAAUUUUGAAAAUUUUCAUAUCUAUCUAAUAUAUGAAAUAUGUAAAGAGAAAGAAGAUUAGAAAUGUAAACA